GAGAGAGAGAGAGAGAGAUUGGGGAAGAAGAAGAAAGCAGAAGAAGAUUGAAGGUCACAUGCCGAAAACUAGAAGAGCCUGAUCGGCGGCUAGCUUCAUCGUAGCCGUUGAUUCUUCUCCGUCGACGCCUCCGAUCCGACUCUGUUCUCGGUCUCUCGUCUCUCUCGCGAUGAUCUUGGCCUCCAAGAUUUAACUACCGGGGUUAAAUCUAGUAGCGUCAAACCGAAGAUUUCCUGAUGUAGUGACGUGACUACGGCCUGUAUUUACGAUAGGGAUGGUUUGUGAGGAAUUAGGGUAGUGGUAGUGUAGUUUAUGGUUGAUUGACUUGCAGCCUAUUGUCCCUCUCAUUCAAUUGGUGCCAGCAGUUGGCACCUGUUGAGAGAGUGGAAGGAUUUGCACCCUGUUGUCACCUUGAUAUCCUGCUUGGACAGCAUUAGUUAUGCCUACUAAGUUGGAGAGUCCUGUUAAGACGCAGAUGGCUGUGGGUCUUGUCAGUGGUCUGCUCAAUGGUGAGUGCCGUAAGAGCACAAGAGGAAUUUUUGCUCGGAGGAGGCGUGUCUUUGUGCAGACUGAGGCUGGCUGUGUUUUGGGAAUGGAGUUGGAAAGGGGUGACAAUGCCAACACUGUUAAAAGGAAGUUGCAGCUUGCCCUCAAUGUACCUACUGACCAUAGCUCUUUGACAUUUGGGGAUCGAAUACUAAAUAAUGAUCUAAGUGCCAUCCGCAGUCAUUCCCCGCUACUACUUGCAAGGAAUGUCAUGCAUAGGAGCUCCUCAACUCCUUGUCUCUCACCUACUGGGAUAAAUCUUCAACAGUGGGAUCGGAGUGGACCUCUUGAGAUUCUAGGGUGUUCAAAGUACUUUGCUAGUAUUGAUGAAUUGAUUAAGGACAUAGUGGUGGCUAUCAAGAAGGGCAUUGAACCAAUACCUGUUCAUAGUGGGCUUGGUGGUGCUUACUACUUCAGGAACAUCAGGGGUGAGAGUGUUGCCAUUGUGAAACCAACAGAUGAGGAGCCUUAUGCACCGAACAAUCCUAAAGGGUUUGUUGGUACAUCUCUCGGGCAGCCAGGACUAAAGCAUUCAGUGAGAGUUGGGGAAACAGGGUUUCGAGAAGUUGCUGCCUACCUUUUGGAUCUCAAUCACUAUGCUAAUGUGCCUCCGACUGUUCUUGUUAAGGUUACACAUUCAAUCUUCAAUGUUAAUUAUGGUGUCAAUGGUGACAAGAUUCAGCAGAAGAAGAAGGUUAGCAAAAUUGCAUCUCUGCAGCAGUUCAUCCCUCAUGACUUUGAUGCUGGUGACUAUGGAAACUCAAGAUUUCCUGUAGCUGGUGUUCACAGAAUAGGAAUUUUAGAUAUUAGGAUCUUUAACACUGACAGGCAUGCAGGGAACAUUCUGGUUAAAAUGCCUGAUGGGGAAUUUGGUCAGGUGGAGCUCAUUCCCAUUGAUCAUGGCCUUUGCUUGCCUGAGCACUUGGAAGAUCCCUAUUUCGAAUGGAUUCAUUGGCCUCAAGCUUCGGUUCCUUUCUCAGAGGACGAGCUUGAGUAUAUAAAGAAUCUUGAUCCAAUUCGUGAUUCUGAGAUGCUCAAGAUGGAACUACCCAUGAUUCGUGAGGCAUGUCUUCGAGUUCUGAUCCUCUCCACAAUAUUCCUCCAGGAAGCAGCUGCUUUUGGACUUUGCCUUGCUGAGAUAGGUGAAAUGAUGAGCAGGGAGUUUGGAAGCAAAGAGGAGAAGCCAAGUGAACUUGAGGUUGUAUGCCUUGAGACUAGGAGGAUAAUAGAAGAUUUGAACAUGUCAAACUUUGUAGCUGAAGAAGACACCGAUGCGUUUCUGUCUGAUAUAGAGUGCGAUAAAGCAGGGCUUGAUCAUCCUCCUCACAUCCCAAGUUUCCUCUUCAAGCAGUUUUCAUAUCCCUUUGGAACUGAAGGUGCUAAUAGUCACUACUUGCUUCCUAAGCUAGAUGAGAGUCUGGUAGAGGGUAAUGUUGACUUGGGUACAAGGGCAGUCACAGCUGAGAGAAUCAUUAACCAGCCAGAUUGGUAUAAACCUGUUUCCAAGUUGUCCGUGUCUCUGAAAAAGUUAAAUGUGGAUGAGACAGGCCAGCUACAGCGGAUGGGUACCCUACCUGAAAUCAGAAGAAGUGCAAAUGACCAGUUACCCACCUCAACAAGCUUUGUGAAACUUGCUGACAUGUGCGAGGAGGAAUGGGUUCUGUUCCUUGAAAAGUUCAGGGAACUUCUUUACCCCGCCUUCAGCAAACGGAGGUCUACAACCAUCGGGCAGAGAAGGAGGCUCGGAACAUCAUGCACGUUUUGAAUACAGGUAUGAGUUACAGUCUGCAAAGUUCUGCAGCAUUGAGGUACAAUGUCAUGACGGAAAGAACCAUUUUAUGAUAUGGAACAUAUAGAUAGUUUUGAAGUCAGAUCUUAUGUCUAGUUACCCUUUUAUCUUCACCUUGUCAAGUUGUGACCUAUUCUAGUUGUUUUGAUCACAGUAAGAACUUGUAGAAAAAUCAGAAAAG